AUGUCUUUUUUUUAUUCACAGACUCCUCAUAGAAUACUCAUGAGAAUUGUAUUUAAUUCUUUUCUUUUUUUAAAUGAUUCCUUUAUAUCACCCUUAGUUUUUGCUUUCCUUCUUCCACGACCUUUUCUUGGUUUGCUUGAUUCUUUCUUUGUUGCUUUCUUUUCUUGUUUAUUUCUUUCUUUUGAAUCAGCUACUUCCAUUAUAUAUUUUUUUUCUUUCUUUCUUUCUUUGUUGAUUGGAUUUUUCACUCUUUAUUUUCUUCUUUUUAAAUUCUUUCUUUUUCAUAUCUUCUGUCGAUCUUGUCUUCGUUCUUCAUUCCUUCCAAAAUUCCUUCUUUCUUUCUUUCUUUCUUUCUUUCUUCUUUCUUCUUUCCUUCCUUCCUUCCUUCCUCCCUUUCUUUCUUUCUUUCUUUCUUCCUUCCUUCCUCCCUUUCUUUCUUUCUUUCUUUCUUUCUUUCUUUCUUUCUUUCUUUCUUUCUUUCUUCCUCCCUUUCUUUCUUUCUUUCUUUCUUUCUUUCUUUCUUUCUUUCUUCCUCCCUUUCUUUCUUUCUUUCUUUCUUUCUUUCUUUUAUUCUUUCUUUCUCAAAUCUUUAGAUCAUUAAAUUUUCUUGAUCAUCAUUUCUUUUCAAUCCGCUCCGCUUUUUCGAUGUCACCGAACGUCCACCUACUUUCUGCCCUCUUCAAACCCUUUCAUUCCCUUCUUGUCAUUCCUCAACCAACGCCUUCUCGCAUCCCCGCCACCAUUUCAAUCCGCCCAUAUUCACGUCACGCUUCUCUUCUAUGGACUUUCUUUGAACACCAACACUUUAUUUUUAUGUUUUUUUUUUUCAAUUCUUACUUUUUUCUUUUUCUUCAUUGUCUUUCUAUUUUUCUUUACAUUUCUUCUUUUAUUCUUUCCGUCUAUUUUUCCUAUUUUUUUUAUUCUUUUCACUUUCUUAAUUCUUUUUUCCUCUUAUCGCUUUUUUUAUAUUUUCUUGAUUUUUUCCUUUCUUUUCUCAACUCAUUUCUUUAUAUAUUUUCUUUUUUCUUUAUUCAUCCAUUAAAUUUAAUUUUUUAUUUCAUUUUCAUUUUCUUUCUUUUUCUCAUCUCUUUUUCUUUUCUACUUUCGUUCUUUAUUUCUUUUUUCACAUCUUUUUUCUAUUUUCCUUCAUUAUUUUUCGCCACUCUUUUUUUUAUAAUUUCUUUCUUUUUUUCCUAUCAUUGUCUCAUCACAUUUCUAUUUUAUAAUUCAUUUUCUCUUUUUGUCAUUUUUUCUAUAAUUUCGUCCUUUUUUCUUUCUUUUUCUCAUCUCUUUACUUUUUAUAUUUUCAUUUUUUUUUCUUAUUUUUCUCACAUUUUUUCUGUUUAUAUUUUCAUUCUUUUUUUCUUUUUUAUUCGGCUAUUUUCAUUUUUAGAUUUUUUCUUUUUUCGACUUUUUAUAAUUUCAUUCGUUUUCCUCACCUAUUCUCAUCUUUUCUUUUUUCUUUUUUAUUUCUUUUUUUAUUCUUUUUUUUAUAUUUUAUUUCUUUUUUCCUUACCCUUUCUCAUGUUUCCAUCUAUUUUUUCUUUAUUUUCUCAUCUCUUUUCUUUCUAUUUUUGCCGUUCUUUAUUCAUCUCUUUUUUUUAUAUUUUCCUUCAUGAUUUCGUACUUUUUCUGUACUUUUUCAUGUUUUCUUACUUUUUCUCAUCUCCUUUCUUUUUAUAUUUUUACUUCUUUUAUACAUUUCUUUAUUCUUUCCUCCUUUUACACUUUAUUCUUUUUGUAUUACUCUUUGUUUCAUUCUUACCUUUUACUUUUUCAUCUUUCUACCUUGUCUUUUGCGACUGUACUUGCUGUAUUCAUUUAUUCUUAUUUCUGACAAUUUUUUCUCAGUCUGAGACUUAG